AUGGCCAAUCGACGACAACGGCGUGUCAUAAUCAUCGCUGUAAUCCUCUUCGGUCUCUUUACUUUCCAUAGCCUUCGUUCUAGUAGCGAACCGCCUCCCGUCGUCCGCGAACAUGUCAACAUCCGCCUCGUAAAGAGCAGCUUCGACUGGGCCAACCAUCGUCACAAGUACCCCGUAUCUCCGUCAAGAAUGCACCAUCUGCCUACACAACGGCCAAAGACACUCCCGCGAGUCCAAUUCAACUUUGGCGCGAAGCGAAUGCGCAAGAACGACGCGAAAUCUGAGUCGCGACGAAAGGCGGUCCGUGAAGUCUUUGUCAAGAGCUGGAAUAGUUACAAGGAGUACGCGUGGGGCUUUGACGAGUUGACGCCGGUUACGGCCAAGGGGAAAGACACCUUUGGAGGUUAUGCGGCAACUCUGGUCGAUGCGCUCGACUCCUUGUGGAUAAUGGACUUGCGCGAUGACUUUGACGCCGCCUUGUCCGUCAUUGGAGCCAUGGAUUGGGAUGAUACAAAGGAGACGGCUGUUAAUGUCUUUGAGACUACUAUUCGUCACCUCGGAGGACUAUUGAGCGCGUACGACCUUAGCGGGGAACCCGUACUGUUGCUCAAGGCCAUUGAGCUCGGCGACAUGCUGUAUGCGGCCUUUGAUACACCGAACAGGAUGCCUCCUUUCUGGUUGGAUUUUCAGCUUGCUAAAGAGGGAAAGCUCGUGGCUGGCACAUCAGAUCCUUCAGCAUCGCCAUUUCACAAGACUGUCGCAAGUAUGUGGCCGGCGCUCAUCAACUUCCGGGAUGAGAGUGUUUUGCAACACAACGAGUUCACAUUGGGAGCACUUGCCGACUCUCUGUACGAGUAUUUGCCCAAGAUGCAUGCUCUGCUCGGAGGGACGGACCCGGCCUACGAGAAGAUGUAUCGCCAUGCGAUGCACGUAGUUGAGCAAUACCUCCUGUUCCGUCCAAUGCUCCCCGACAACGAGGAUAUCCUAUUCUCUGGGACAGCAUUUGCCGGGGGUGAUGUGCGGCGCAACCCCGAGAGCCAGCACUUGUCGUGCUUCGUAGGCGGGAUGUUUGGGCUAGGCGGCAAGCUUUUCGGUAUCAAAGAGCACAUGGGUCUCGCCGAAAGGCUGGCCCGCGGCUGCGGGUGGGCGUACAACUCAUUCCCAACGGGUCUGAUGCCAGAGAUCUUUGGCAUGGUUCCUUGCGAGACACUGGAUGGCUGCAAAUGGGACGAGGAGCGGUGGAAGCGCGAAGGCGCGUCAGGGUUCAAAAAGGGGUUCUCACACGCGCGGGACCCUCGUUACAUCCUGCGUCCAGAGGCUAUUGAAAGUAUCUUCCUGAUGUAUAGGAUGACUGGAAACCCGGAGUACCAGGAAAUAGCAUGGACAAUGUUUCAGUCUAUUGUGAAUGCCACGGAGACUCAUAUUGCGAACUCAGCCAUUGAGGACGUCACCGUGAGGGGAGAAACGAAAAAGCUUGAUUCAAUGGAACAUCUGCCCAGAGCCAAAGAAAAGUAA